UUAUAUAUUCAACUAGUUUUGUUUGGUUACUUUAUUGUAAUUUGUAUAACCUAAUUUUUGGAAAAUGUUACUUUCUAAACAUUGUCAAUUUAAUUAACUUAUUAUGUGACUUGAUAUAAAUAUUAUUUGACGUAUUUAAUAAUUAAUUAAAGACAAUUAAAAAUGUCGGUGAAAAGAAAAUUGGAUGUUCAAGUUCCUGCAGAGGAAAGUGAUUUGAUGUCAAUUAGACCAUUAGGAGCUGGUCAGGAAGUUGGUAGAUCAUGCAUUGUAUUGGAUUUUAAAGGAAAAAAAAUAAUGUUAGAUUGCGGUAUUCAUCCAGGUCUAACAGGAAUGGAUGCUUUACCAUUCGUUGAUUUAAUUGAAGCUGAUGAAAUAGAUUUAUUGUUAAUUUCACAUUUUCAUCUUGAUCACUGUGGAGCAUUACCAUGGUUUUUACAAAAGACCAGUUUCAAAGGCCGUUGUUUUAUGACCCAUGCUACCAAGGCAAUUUACAGGUGGUUAUUGUCAGAUUAUAUUAAGGUUAGCAACAUAGCAACGGAACAAAUGUUAUACACAGAGUCUGACUUGGAAGCAAGUAUGGAUAAAAUAGAGACAAUUAAUUUUCACGAAGAAAAAGAUAUUUUUGGAGUAAAAUUUUGGGCUUACAAUGCGGGUCAUGUACUGGGUGCUGCUAUGUUUAUGAUUGAAAUAGCUGGUGUAAAAAUUCUUUACACUGGUGAUUUUAGUCGUCAAGAAGAUAGACAUUUAAUGGCUGCUGAAAUUCCAAAUGUUCAUCCCGAUGUUUUAAUAACUGAAUCAACAUAUGGAACGCACAUUCAUGAGAAACGUGAAGAUCGUGAAGGAAGAUUUACAAGUUUAGUGAGUGAAAUUGUAACUCGCGGUGGUCGUUGUUUAAUACCAGUAUUUGCAUUGGGCAGAGCACAAGAAUUGCUCCUUAUUUUAGACGAAUAUUGGAGUCAACAUCCUGAAUUACAGGAGAUACCAAUUUACUAUGCUUCAUCGCUUGCUAAAAAAUGUAUGGCAGUUUAUCAAACCUAUGUGAAUGCAAUGAAUGACAAAAUUCGCCGACAAAUUGCAAUAAACAAUCCAUUUGUAUUUAAGCAUAUAUCAAAUUUAAAGGGUAUUGAUCAUUUUGAUGAUAUUGGUCCUUGUGUUGUAAUGGCAUCGCCUGGAAUGAUGCAAAGUGGAUUAUCGCGUGAAUUAUUUGAAUCGUGGUGUACUGAUUCAAAGAAUGGUGUUAUUAUUGCUGGUUAUUGUGUUGAGGGUACUUUAGCGAAAGCAAUUCUUUCUGAACCUGAAGAAAUAACCACAAUGUCGGGACAAAAGUUACCACUGAAAAUAUCAGUUGAUUAUAUAUCAUUUUCAGCGCAUACGGAUUAUCAGCAAACAUCUGAAUUUGUACGUGCUUUAAAACCACCGCAUGUUAUAUUAGUUCAUGGUGAACAAAAUGAAAUGGGUCGAUUAAAAGCAGCGCUUCAACGUGAAUAUGAAGACGAUCCAAGUACAAAUAUGGAAAUUCACAAUCCAAGAAAUACUGUCGCUGUGGAAUUAUAUUUCAGAGGUGAAAAAACAUCAAAAGUUAUGGGAACUUUAGCUAUGGAUACACCAAAAUCAGGACAAAAAUUGUCGGGAGUUUUAGUUAAAAGAAACUUUAAUUAUCAUAUGUUAGCUCCGAGUGAUUUAUCAAAAUAUACCGAUAUGAGUAUGAGUCAAGUUUUACAAAGACAAAGUAUUCAUUUUUCUGCUUCAUUGCCAUUACUUAGACAUUUAUUGGCACAAAUAUCUGGCAAUUUAGAAAUUAUUGAUGAUAAAAGAUUGCGUGUUUUUAAGAGUAUUGACGUUAAUGUUGAGGGAAAAUUAGUAACACUGGAAUGGAUUGCAACGCCUGUUAAUGAUAUGUACGCUGAUUCGGUGCUUACUGCAUUAUUACAAACUGAAAUGAUGGAAACAUUACCAAAAACAUUACCUGCACCGACAAAAAUGGAUAGAAUGCAUUUUAAAGAAUGUCUUAUUGAAUUAUUACAAGAAAUGUUUGGUGAAGAUUCUGUACCGAAAAUUUUUAAAGGCGAAAAACUCUAUGUAACAGUUGAUGGAAAGAAAGCACACAUUGAUCUCAUUAAUCUUGAAGUAACUAGCAAGGAAGAUGAAACACUGCGACAAAUUGUACAAACCGCAGUGACUAAAUUACAUAGAUCCUUAGCUCCACCAUCGGAGAAAGUGUAAUUAUUUUUUAAUUUUUCUAUUAAAAAUAAAACCGUGUUUUUGUGAAAUAUUUCAUCGUUUACAAUAAAUAUUUAACGAUUUUUUUUUAA